UUUAAUAAUAGUUUUAGAAAAAUAAAAUAAUAAAAUUAAAUAUUUUUAUAAUGGAUGGAACAUCACAAUGCUCAGUUGGAUUGAUUUUAAAAUCAAAUUGUCACAAGUUAACAUUUACAAACCACAUUGGAAUAAACUUUUUUCAAGAUUUAGCUCCAGAUGAGCAAAAUUUAGUUGCGCUAAGGUCUGGUGUUUCUUCUGUUUUGAUUAUUGACUUAUGUUUUCAUCAUCAAAAGUUCUAUCUUGAGAAGUUUCCUGUGUUUCAGAAUAAAUGCUGUGAUCCACUGUUAGUUCACAAAAGACCGUGCAAAGCAUCUCUCAGAGAAGUCACGUUAAGAACCAUAGCUUUAAACAACAGGAUCAAUAUUGUACCUGGUCAAAAAAUUUGCACAAAUUGCUUAGUCAGAUUAAAAGCUUCCACUGAAAUUAAUACUGAUAACAUUAAUAUUGCUGAUGAUUACACAAAUGAAAGUAUAAAUAAAGAAAACAUAUUUAGUGUUCAACAAGAAGCUGAUAUAAAUAAAAACAGACAAGAACUUUCUGAUUGUCUCAGUAUAAUUGGUGUGUCACCAGUCAAGCUUCACAGAAAGCCAUUUGCAAAUCGUAUGAGUAUUGGGAAAAAAAAAAUUAAAACUAUUGCAAAAGUUUUCAAAGAAAAGUUAUCAAGUUCUUUAAAAAUUCCAUUGACAGAAGUUGAAGUUUUUGAUAAUGAAUAUGUUCUUGAUUUAAAAAAAAAAGUUGUUCAGUUCGAAAAAAUGUUAGUUUUGAUCAAAGAUAAACUUGAAAAAUGCAGUUCAUUUAGGGACAAAAUUCAAGUAUUGACUUUGUGCCCACAAGAAUGGUCAAUUAAAGCAGCUAGUGAGUAUUUUAGUGUUUCAAAUUAUCUAAUAAUAAAAUCUAGAUCUUUAGCAAAGAAGGAAGGAGUUCAUGCAGUUUCACAAACUAAGCGAGGUAAAAUGCUCCAUGAUCAAUUAAAUACUUUAGUGAAAAUUUUUUAUGAAAAUGAUGAAAACUCUCGCCAGAUGCCUGGUCAAAAGGAUUUUGUAAGUGUUAGUUGGAAAGUCCAUAUGCAAAAGCGACUACUUUUGUCAAGCUUAAUAGAGUUAUUUGUCUAUUUUUUUUUGUGGAUAUAGAAUUUAAAAUUCUAUAUCCACAUGUAAAGUUAGGUUUUUCCAAGUUUUGUGUUUUAAGACCUAAAUGGUGUGUUUUGCCAAACUCAUCAGGAACCCAUUCUGUGUGCAUUUGUAUCUACCAUCAAAACAUGAAGUUAACUCUCCUACCCAUUAAAAUUGAUUACCACGAACUAUAUAAAUUUAUUGUUUGUGAUAUGCAAAACAAAGAAUGCAUGUUACAUCGAUGUACACAAUGUCCAAAAAAUACAUCUAAAUUAGAAGAAAAGCUAUUCAAACUAAUAGGGCAGUUUGAGGAAGAAGAUACUAUCGAAUUUAACCAAUGGGUUACUACUGAUAGAUCAGAUUUAGUUAUACAGCUUGUAACCAUACCAGAUUAUGUAAAUAUGGUGAUGGAAAAACUUGUCAAGCUAACAACGCAUUCAUAUAUUUCUAAAUGCCAAUCCAAAUAUUUAAAAAAUCUUAAAGAAGAACUGCCAUCAGGUAGCGCAAUAAUUCUAGGAGAUUUUGCAGAAAACUAUAGUUUUGUUGUGCAGGAUGAAGUACAAGGUUUCCAUUGGAAUAAUCUUCAAUGCACACUUCAUCCAGUGGUUGUGUACUAUAAAGAAAAUCAAGUGUUGCAUUCCACUUCAUAUUGCAUUAUAUCAGAUGAUAACACUCAUGAUGUACCAUUGGUUUACGAGGUACAAAAAUCAAUUAUCAAUAAUCUGAAGCAAAAAAUACCCAGCAUUGUAAACGUGGUCUACUUUUCUGAUGGCUGUUCAUCUCAAUAUAAAAACUGCAAAAAUAUAUUUAACCUAUGUCAGCAUAAAUCAGACUUUAGAAUAGAUGCACAAUGGGUUUUCUUUGCAAUCAGCCAUGGAAAGCAACCUUGUGAUGGUAUAGGAGGAACAGUUAAAUGGCUUGUAGCUAAUGCUAGUUUGCAGAGAAUUUCUACAAAUCAAAUAUUAAACUCACGUGAUAUGUUUACAUAUUGCACUAACAACAUCAAAGGUAUAAACUUUAUUUUUAUUUCAAGUGAAAGUUUGAUAGAAACAAGAUUAUUACAAUCUGAACGAUUUAAAAAUGUAAAAACAAUACCAGGAACAAGAGACUUUCAUGAAUUUAUUCCUGUAUGUCAUAAUGAAGUUAAGAUGAAAUACUGCAGUGAUGACACUAUCUCUAUCUUGACCUACAAGUUUAAAAAUUGCGAGAUGCAAAGUGAUGUGCAAAGUUGACAUGGAAUUUUAAUUUAUGCACCAACAUGGCCUUGAAUCUUAAAGACAUUUUCUUGCUUCCUUUUAUCAAUUAUUACUUCGAAUCGACAGUUUGCUAAUGUCUAUGAUAUGUAUAUGACAAUAUUUUGCAUUUAUUAAAAAAUAUUACCUAAUUUUGUUUUGUUUUACAGUCCAAAGAAAAACAAAGGAAUAUUUGAAGUUCAAUAAUUUGUAUAAAAAUUUAUCAAUUCAUAAAAGCACAAACAAUUCAAAGAGUUAAUGCUUUUGAUAUUUAAAGUUUAUUUAUGGACAUGUCAUGGAUAUUGCAGUUUUAUACCUAAGUGAAAAUACCUCUUAUUUUUUGACUAGCUUUGAGUAAAAACACCUGUUUUUAGUAUUUAAAUAUUUUUAAUUGAGUUUAUUAAAUAUGCAUAUUGUAGUUUUACACAUAAGUAAGAAUUCUUACUUUCUGGUUGUGCCUAAACAUAAGUACCAAUCAAUCUUCUGUCUCAAUCUCAAUAUACUUUCAAUCAAAAAUAAAAAUUAAAUUGUUUAGAUUAGUAAGUCAAAAAACAGCUCAGUUUUUUUUUUUUUUUUUAGAUGUUUAUAUAUACUUUAAGAUUAUGAAGUUUGGAAAUAUAUAGAUCAUAACCUUUUCUGUAAUUCUUUUUAUAGUAAGCAUGUUUACUUUUCAAUUUUAUUAAAAACGCUG